CCAUCAUCUUAUGUUUAAAGUUGGAAUACAAUCUAUCAGCAAAUCUGUACAACGGACAGGCUGUUUAAAGUUACAGCCUGCCGCUAUACAACAGCGUUUCAUUAGCAGCUCCUCAAAGCGUCUAUUACCACGUAUUGGUGGUGGCGGCUUCAACAACAACCCAUCCGCUAGAUACACCUUCGAGGAAGCUAAGUCAGGAUUUAACACGUCUCCUGACGCUAAGUCAAAGUACGUCACCGCUGCAUUAGCCGUCGGUGGCACCAUCCUUGGUACCCACUUCGUACUCAAUCGUGAGACUAGAGAGGGCGGUUUGUCGCCAUUUGAAGCUAAAUACUUGAACGAGACAUUCACUUGGUUAGGUGGUGGUUUAGCUACCGUCACUGCCUUCUCCGUUGGUUUGUUCAGAUCAAACGUCACCGCUAGACUUAUGAGCAUGAAUCCGUGGGCAUUUGCAGGUAUUUCUCUCGUUGGUUCAAUUGGUUCACUUAUGGGUUUAAGAUCUGUCGCACCAGAUAACAAAGGCGGUAAAACUGCUUUCUGGUUCCUCUUUAACGCCGCACAAGCUGCCACUCUCUCACCAUUGCUCUAUAUUGCCCCACCUGCACUCAUGGUUAGAGCUGGUUUAUACACGGCUGGUGUAAUUGGUAGUUUAUCAUACGUUGGUGCUACCAGCAAGAAUGACACUUAUCUCUACCUCGGUGGCCCUCUCCUUGCUGGAUGUGUUGUUAUUGCUAUCUCAAGUUUGAUUCCAAUGUUUAGAGUUGGUGCUGGUGUUGCAAACGCAGCUUCAAAUGUCAGUCUUUACGGUGGUUUGGCAGUCUUCGGUGGUUUCACACUCUACGAUACACAAAGAAUACUCCAGAAAGCUAGAAUGAUCGAAGGUGGUGCACCUAUCCCUUACGAUCCUCUCAACGAGUCAAUUUCAUUGGAACUCAACUUUAUCAACCUCUUUAUUAGAAUAUUGACUAUCCUUAUGAACCAACAAGGUGGAAACAGACGUCGCUAAAUUGACUUUAAAAUGUAAUUGGAUAAUUUAUCUCUGCUCAUGAAUAUAGUAUUU